AGUUCUCUGCCUCUCUCACAGGGCGGACCAACAUGGCCCCGUACUUCUCCCCGUACGUUCCCGGGACCGACAGCGGCAACAUGCAGUAUCUCCAGAUACGGGAGGACACACCUGUCGGGACCGUGGUUUACACCCUGCACGGGAGUGACCCGGAAGGCCAGACAGUUUAUUACGGUAUCGAGGGCGAUAUCGGCCGAGAACACUUCACUGUCGAUCGGCUGUCGGGAACAGUCACCCUGAAGGAGGCCUUCGACCGAGAGUUGGGCGCGGAACACGACGUCGUAGUGACUAUUGAAGACAGUACACCCGCCAACAAAGUACGGCAGCCGUCUAAAAUCUUCAUCACCGACGCGAACGACGAGACCCCCGUCUUCAAGAACCUGCCGUACAGGGUGCAGAUUCCCGAGAACUCCCCUGUUGGAACGUUUGUGGUGACAGUGACGGCGGAAGACAGAGACUUGGGACUGGCCGGGAUUGUUCACUACAGCAUACAGGAAUCGGAGGGGUCAGGAAAUUUCUCCAUCGACACCGUGAGAGGCGUGGUUACCUUGGCUACCACGCUGGACUAUGAGAAGAAGACAUCCUAUCAACUCACAGUUGUGGCCAGGGAUGAAGGUGGGUCCUACCGUGACCAGAAGGUAUACCGGAACAGCACGGCUGUAGUGGAGGUGGAGGUGCUGGACCAACAGGACAUGGACCCGGUAUUCUACGGACAACCUUACCAGGUCAACAUCACAGAGGACACGCCUGUGGGUGCAUCCAUCGCCGUGGUGUCGGCAGUGGACGGCGACAGGGGAACGUCAAACGACAUACAGUACUCCGUCACAUGUGACGCAGGCCCGUUAUUUGACAUCGACCCGCACACAGGGGUCAUCAGGGUCAACCAGUCUUUAGACAGAGACGAUCCGGACAUCGGGGACGUGCUGACCUUGGACGUGAAGGCCAUGGAGAUCGGUCCCGGCGCAGGUCUGGACAUCUGCACGCACGCCAGCGUCACCGUCAGGUUACUGGACGUCAAUGACGACGCGCCGACGUUCUAUGAGGGUGAAGUCCCACGGGCGGUGUUCAACACGUCCAUUCCGGAGAACGCCGCGGGGGGCACAUUGCUGACACAGCUCAACAUCGUCAUCAGGGAUAGAGAUGAAGGUGACAACGCGGUUUUUGGUAUCGAACUUCUACCAGUGGUGGGACCAGAGGAGGACAUAUUUGACGUGGACCCGAAGUUUGCGGCAAACAUUGUCCACCUGGCGGUCCGGCUGAAAAGUGCAGUGUCAUUGGACAGGGAGAGAACCAGCAAUUACACUUACAUGGUUUUCGCACACGAGACGAGCACCAUGGAACGCCGUAACGGUUCGGCCCUGCUGGUGGUGCAGCUGGAGGAUGUGAAUGACUCCCCGCCCGUCUUCAACUCCUCACGGGUCGACAUCAGCGUGCCUGAGGACGUGGGAGUGGGGGAGGCCAUCACUACUCUUGUAGCUACAGAUGCGGACGAGGAGGGUACACCAAACAGUGAGAUACGCUACAGCAUCAUCACCGGAAACGACAACGACCUCUUUGCCAUCGGCGAGACCACGGGCGUCUUGAGCUGGAACAUGCCGGUGGACUACGAGAGCAUCAGCCAGAGUGACCGCGGUGCCUUCACGUUAGAGGUGCAGGCUGAGGACCAGGGACAACCACCAAUGAGUAGCACGGUAGAAGUGGUCAUCACGGUAGAGUAUCUUGGUGAGCAAAGAAUUUGCGACUGUGUGUCGACUGUAGCUUGGAGCACGCCCCCUCCCGUAAGCCACAAGGAUGUUAACGACAACGCCCCGGCGUGUCCUCACCUGUACAACUUCACCGUCACGCACAACGUCAUCCCAGGUUCCUACGUGGGCAGAGUCGCAGCUGUAGACCUGGACGAGGGCGACACCCAGCGGAUCACGUACGAGCUGCCUCAAAAUCUGAAGAACAAAUUCGCCAUAGACCGGGCUACGGGGGGACUCUUUGUUGCCAGUGGGUCACCUGUGACGUUUGAACAGGACCCGGAAGGCUUGGUGUACGACCUAGUUGUGUACGCCAACGACAACGGCGUGCCUCCACAGAUAGGCAUAUGUCGGGCCAAGGUGGAGGUCAUCAGCGCGCAGAGCACGCCGGGUAACGGUGAGAGACCGGUGUUCACGGAGGAGUCGGUGCACCUGACAUGCGCCGGCGAUUACGUCAUCAAGGUGGAGAUAGCGAAAUCCGGAGCGUCAGGUAACACAGAAGGACGAACUCUUCACAUCGGAGACUCUACCGCAGCAGACUGCCUGGCUACCGAGAACACCACCCACUACGUGCUGACCACGCGCGUAGACGAGUGCGGCACCGCCAAAACUAUCCACUCAGGAAACCGCGUCAUCUACUCCAACACGGUCGACUUCAUACCCCUGCCUGAGGAAGAUACGUCCAACAUGACAGCACUGGCGCUGGCCCUGCGUCAGUACGCGGUGGUGAAGAUUGUCUGCAUGUACACGGCGCGAGGCGUGGCGUCAACUCACUUCAGCCCGGAGAGGGAUCCCACCAUCGUCAAGGUGGCUGACGGCGAGAUGGCCUACCACCUGGACCUGUACCCGGACGAGCAGUUCACCACGCCUUUCAAGGUCUACCCCAUUGACGUCAGCAUGGGCGAGUCCAUGUACUUCGAGGUGGGUCUGGACUCCCCUGACGUCGCGCUCAUCGUGUUUGCGGAGAACUGUUGGGCCUCCACCAGCCCCAGCGGAAGCACCGCCAACGCCCACUGGAUCAUCCAGGACGGUUGUGUCGUCGAUGAAAGCCUACAAGUCCUUCCUUCAGACCAGCGCAGGUUCCGUUUCACCCUGUCGGCCUUCGAACUCUUACAAUCCAACCCCUGGGUCUACGUCUACUGCGAAGUCGUCGUGUGCAACGUGACCGAACUCAACUCCAGGUGUCACCAGGGCUGCCUCAGUCAGGAGACCGAAUCUCCUCCGAGCGAAGACGACAACUUCCGAAGGAAACGGUCGGACGGCGACAGCAUCCGAAGCAGCGUCGAGUUGUCGCGAACGUCGCUUCUGAGAAGGAGGAGCGCCAGAGACAGUGUUGUGCGGAGACUACACGAAGUCGCGCGGCAGAGAAGAGCAAGUUCAGCAAACCUCAUAACGCUGACCACACCAGGCCCAAUAUCAGGGUACCUGGCUUGUGGAAAGAACUGUGCGGAUGAGAGGGAAACAACAGCAAUGUCACAAGUCGGCACAGAGCGAUGGGUCCUGUACGGAACAGUGCUGGUAGUGGCGCUGAUGGUCUGUAUCACCGUACUCAUCUCCGUCGCACUCAUCCAACGCAGACUCAGCAACUCAGCACGGUGAACAACAUUUCAGGAAAUGGUUUCAGAUCGCAGCUAGAUGAUAGUGACCAAUCAAAUGAGUGCCUGCAUUGAAGUAGACCAAUCAGCAUUCUUGUAACAUGUAAGGCAAAGUUUGAGACUUAGCCUUAACAGAGUGCCUACGUGUUGCUUUGUGACAGGCCACUGUUGGGAAAGAUACCUAAAUAAAACAACUAUUGUGUACAUAUCAAA